AUGAAAUACACACUCCUCGCCUCGGCACUCUUCGCUCUUGCGACCGCUGUCCCCUCCAACUUUGCUAGAGACAGCACCUGCGACUGCGGCCCAGCACCUAUCUGUAUUCAGAGCUGGCCCGAGUCAUGCUACUGCCAAAACGACUAUCUGCGCAAGUGCUAUGAGAUGUGCGGCGGCGCCCAGCCAACAUAUGGCGACUGUAGCGCCGUAGCUAAGAAAAGGCAAGAGACACUACCGUUUAGCUGUGCCAAUGUGCGGUGUCGCGAGGGCUUUGUGUGUGUGGGCGCAGGAAUCUGUGUGCUGGACACGCCGUGCGGCGGCUUUGCCGGGACACCGUGUGCUGACAAGCAAACGUGUGUAGAUGACCCGCGCGACGAUUGUGAUCCGCAGAUGGGCGGCAGUGAUUGUAUUGGACUCUGCUUGCCGUAUCAGGGCUGA